AUGGAAGUAAAAUACUUGAUUCAUGUUCUGAUACUAGUCAGCUGUUGUCUUGGUGCAUGGGGGGGUUUACCUCCUGAAAUAGAAAAAUGCAAGUCGACCGAUAACGACGACUGUAUAGCCAAGAAUAUACUAAAAGUUCUGCAACUCUAUCCUCAUGGUUAUGCUGAAAUGGGGUUACCAGAUGUUUCCUCAAUAGUCGUUAAAGAUAUCGUAUUGUCGGAAAGUAAACGUGAUUCACCCAUACAAUUAAAUUUCAAAUUCAAUACAUUAACCGUUAAAGGCCUGGAAACGUUAAAAAUUUUACGUGUUCAUGGAUUUAAUAAGAAUUUAACAAAAAGUAUUGAAAUUGAGUUUCUGAUUCCUAAAAUUACCAUCGAUGGGGACUAUGAAAUUAAUGGAAAACUUUUGCUUUUGCCCUUGAAUGGAAAAGGUUUGGGUAAUAUUGCUUUAAAGGAUGUUUACUCCAAGUACAAGGUGAAGGUACAAGUGGUUAAUCGUAAUAAUACGAAUUAUGGUGUAAUAGAUAAGAUACAGCUGAAAGAGUUAGAUCCAAAGAAAAUGAUUUUUAAUUUGCAAAAUAUUGUGAAUAAUAAUGCCAUCCUUUCGGAGAGUAUUAAUGGAGUCAUAAAUGAGAACUGGAGUGAUCUUUGGUUAGAAAUAAAAAGUAAUACAAUUAGAUAUGUGGAAGAUAUAAUUCGGAAUAUUUUGAAUGAUAUAUUAAAAGAAUUGCCGGUGGAUGAGUUUUAUUUGGAUUAA